UAAAAAUCAUCUACCGAACCUUUCUUUAUAACCACAUCUCUUCCAAACCCCAUUUCUCCAAACAUUUUUCCACUUUCCCAUUCUCUCUACAAACCAAACAAGGAAAUUAAAUGGACACUACAACAAGAAGAGGUCCUUUUUUCUUUGACAAAAACGAUGGUCUUGCCUCUCUAGCUAUAAUAGAAGCUGAGAUUUCAGAGAACAAUCAUCACAAUCACAAUCCAUUGAUUUCUAGGCCUCUUUAUCAUACUGUUUUACAAAGGAAGAGUAGCCUUAGGAAUCUUUCAUUCAUUUCCUCUUCCUCUUCUUCUUCAAUGUCAUCUCCGAAAUUGGCUGGUGGCAGAAGGUUUUGUGAAACUAGAUUUGAGGAACAACAACCCCAUUUCUUGGAAUCUUGUUUUCUUUGCAAGAAACAACUUGGUAGUAACAAAGACAUCUUCAUGUACAGAGGGGAUACUCCAUUCUGCAGUGAAGAGUGCAGGCAAGAACAGAUAGAAAUGGAUGAAGCCAAAGAGAAAAAAUUGAAUCUUUCAGCUUCUGUAAAGGCCUUGAGAAAAAAUGACCAGAGAAAUUCCAGUAACUCUCCCAGUAAAACACAAAAUAACCCUUUUCCCAGAGGCACAGUAGCUGCUGCUUGAGUGAAAAACAAAAUAAAAAAAUAACACUAUAGGAUGAAAUUGAAGAAAUUAAAGCUCAUUCUAUCAAUUAUCUACAAACAGCAAAUAAUUAAAGUAAGAAAAAAAAAAAGAGCUACCAAUGAGACAAAGCUCAUUCAGUGAAAGCUAAAAGCGUCCUCGUUAUAAAGAAAGGAUGAAGAAGUAGAAGAGUUAAUUAUGACAAGAGUCUUUAAUUUCUUUCCUUUUUUCCAUUUAUUACUUCUUUAGUAAAAUCAUUAUGUAAAUGAUGAUAUCGAAGUGGAGGGUGUAUUUUUCUUUUCCUUUUUUUUUUUUUUUUUUUUUUUUUCUUUUUUUUUUUUUUUUUUUUUUUUUUGCUGCUUAUGCUAUAUCAUAACGACAGUGGCUCCUUUUUGGGUGGGCUGCUCAAAGUAAAUUGUUUUUUUCUUCUAAA